AUGGGGCCGCGCCGCCCGACGGGAAGCGCAGUCCCCGUCACUCGCGCGCGCUCGCCCCUGGCGCUCGCAGAGACUACAACACCCGAGAGGCGGAGCUUGCAAAGCCCCGCCCCCCCUCUCGGCGAGCUGCACGCUGGGAACUGUGUCCCCGUUCCGCUCUGCUCCCAUCAGUGCCGCGGGGUGCGAGACUCCCAUUCCCAGCGUGCUCCGCGGCAGCGCGGACCCAAGGGCCGCCCAGCGCUUGCAGGCGGCCGCCGGCCGCCUCCGUUCCCGAGCCGGUUUCGGCCGCCGCGCGGCGACCGCACGUCAGGCGCUGCGUGGGCAGCUAUGGCGGCGCGAGAGGGGGUCCUGCGGGCGUGGCCGUUGCCAUGGCGACGGGUAAACGGAGCGCGCGCCGUGGCGGGAGCGGCCGAGGAACGGAACCGAGCGCGGCCCCGGCAGCGGCGAGAACCGGGCUGCGGGCUGCCCCGGCACUGUGAGCGACCCUGGCCCACCCACUGCUGCCCACAAAGGCUCCUCUGGUUCUCUGCUGGAUCCGUAUUGCUAUACAGUCUGUCAAUUAACAGGCCCUUGUCAUCAUUCCAAAGCCGUGAUUGUCAGAGCAACUGGGGACCUGCUGAAGGCACGAGCUGCAUUCUCUCGAUCUGAACUGAAGUUACAGGUCUGACACAAGGUUCUCUUGACAGAAUGAUCUUCUCUUCCUUGAGAGAAUAUUUAUAUAGUUACAUAUUUAGACUUGUUAUAUUUAGAUGACAUAUAUAGUUAUAAUAUAUAUAUUUAGACAUCCAUACAAGCCAGUUUGAUACAAAAAGUUACAACCUCGGAGACUCCAAACUGCCAAAUCAGCUGUUUGGAAUACACCCAGUCUAAGGAAAAGGCUCCAGUGAGUUGAAGAAUUCCUGUGGAACAUCCAAACCCAGUGUCAGCCCAACAGAGUGACAGGCAGCAGAUGCAGAGCACUGUCCCCUCCCAUUCCUCCCCUUGGGAAGCUGCACCUUCUCCUGAGAAGAGUGAACUCUGACACACACUGGAGAAGGGAAUCCCAUCCAUGCAGGACAUGCAGACACCUACUGCUCCCAGCAGAGCUUCUCAAAGGACUCUUUUCCAACAUUUCAGUCACACUGUAUCAGCAAAAAAUGCUCUUUGUUGUAUUAAUGGAAUUAUGUUUAAAAAAAAUCCUUGAAAAAUGUCAGCCCUUUAGAUUGGCAUUGCCUGCUGAAGAGAUUUAAACUCUGUUGGCCAUUAUGUCCUUUAGUGUUGUGCAAAACCUGUUUAACUUCCAGUCCCUGCUGUUAAGAGCUGGGUUGGAUUUCCAGGAAUUGGCUGUAGUUUGAGGAAGCUGUACUGCACACACAGCAUAACCCAGAGAGGAGGAUCCACACCUGCAGCAGGAUUUAGGACAGCCUCAGGAUGGGGAGAAACAACUCGUGUCACACUGACUGCCCUGAAGGACACUGAAGAGAAAGUUCAAUAUCCAUCUCCGUCCCUCUGAAACUGAUAUAUGGGACAGGCAUUAUUCUUUCCCAGCUUCUGAACUGUUCUACAAAGUCUCACAAUCCUUGACAGCCUUUGCUGUGUAAGAUCUCGUUCCUACUGUGGUUUAGGCUCCCUGGAAGCAGCACAAUCGUACACAGAAGUUUUCCUUUGUUUCCCUGUGUAAGGAGCACAGCACAGACCAGCUCCUCCAU